CCACACAGGACGGUAACCAAGUACAAAAGCGCAUUCCUCCAUCCACUUCUCUCUCUCUUUUUUUUCUUUUUUUCUUCACAACCACUCCUCCUCUUGUUACGGCCAAAAUUCCUCAUUUCAUCAUCAAGAAUGAUCCCACUAGCCCCCGACCGCGUUUGGGCGACGUACCUCAGCAAUCAUAACUAUGUCCUCGGCUGCCUCGUCCUGGCCUACUCGCUCCGCAAGGUCCGCUCACGCUACCCUCUCGUCGUCAUGGUCCCACUCUCACCUCCGUUGGAUCCCGAAGACCUCAGGACCCUAGAAAAUACCUCGAACAUCAUUGUCAAAUCCAUUGAUAUCUCGAUCUGGGGACACCCCAAAUGUGUAACGGCAACUGCACAGGAGAAACCUGAGUAUCUCUGGGAUUACUAUGCGCAUACAUGGGCCAAAAUGGGAGCCUGGGGACUGGUGGAGUACCGGAGAGUCGUCCUGUUGGAUUGUGAUAUGUUGGUAAGGUUGAAUAUGGAUCAGUUAUUGAAUGACCGAGCCGAGGACCAGAAGAUGGAAGAGGAAGGAGGAAUGAAUGAGAGAAAGGUGCAGUUAGGAUAUGCAGAUGCGACUCUGGAUCUGCCGGAGGGGUGGGUUGCGGCUGCGCAUGCCUGUACUUGCAAUCCGAUGCAGAACCCAAAGUAUCCAGCAUCAUGGACCCCGGACUCUUGCGCGUAUUCGCAAUACGUCGGCAACCCCUGCCCUCCCUCCCACAACCACCCUCAAACUCAAGUCCAAGUUCAAGUUCAGGAAAAAAAGGAUCAUAUCUCCGCCUUAGCGAUAGCGGGAGGCUCUCACAGACGUUCCUAUUUCAAUUCUGGUCUCGUCGUCCUCACUCCGUCUUCACAGCAACUCAACCAAAUCCUCACCGCCUUCAAUAACAUCACCAGUCUAAAUCAGUACCUCUUCCCGGAUCAAGACCUCCUCAACGAAGUUUUCGCGGGACGCUGGAUCGCCCUUGGAUACGGUUACAAUGCCCUCAAGACCCUGCCUUCUGCACACUCACCCAUCUGGAAAGAGGACCUGGCCUUCCCGCCCUUCGAACUCAAGGAUAAGGCCGCGGUUAUCGAGGACACAUACUGGUCUUCGACAACAACUACUCCGAACACAGACACGUGCACAGACACGGAAAUAGCCCGUCCCAGUGUCAUGCCCGUCGUCAACAUUCACUAUAUUCUCGAAAAGCCAUGGGAUGUCAAGGAUUUGGAAAAGGCUAGGCAAGAGUCUAACCGCUUCGUCAAUCUCUACCGAUGGUGGUGGCAAGCCCAUGACGAGCUGAUGCAGGAGACCAAGAACGGCUCUACCUGAGCAAACCAUUGUGAUACUUUGGGGUAGAUAAUAUUCCCCGUUCGUAAAUACGUAUAUACAUAUAUAAAAGUGUGGUCUAAAGAGCGA